AAGGGAUGCGUUGCGGCGGUAAAGUUCACGCUCCCUAAAACCCUAAGUCACAACGCCUCGUGUCCGGGCAUCAAGACUGAGGGGAUUGACCUCGAACCCACCAUUUCUACUGUGCGUCUGCGGCAAGAUCUCCCAUUGCUUUCCAAUGGCUGCCUCGGCCGCUCUGAGGAACCCUAAAUCGAGGCGACUCCUCCGCUUCUCGUCCGUCUCCCCUCUGCUCUACUCAUGCUGUCGCGGGGCGAUCGUCGGCUCGGAGCCGAAGAUUUUGACAGACGCGAUCCUCGGGAGCGAGUCCGCGGGCGCGCUGUGGUCGAGGAGGUCCAUGGCCACCUUCACCCGGACGAAACCUCAUGUAAAUGUUGGUACGAUUGGGCAUGUUGAUCAUGGGAAAACUACACUAACAGCAGCAAUUACAAAGGUUCUAUCUGAAGAGGGAAAAGCUAAAGCUGUUGCUUUUGAUGAGAUCGACAAAGCCCCCGAGGAGAAAGCUAGAGGAAUUACCAUCGCAACAGCUCAUGUGGAAUAUGAAACUGCAAAACGACACUAUGCCCAUGUUGAUUGCCCAGGACAUGCAGACUAUGUUAAGAAUAUGAUCACUGGAGCUGCUCAAAUGGAUGGUGGGAUCCUCGUUGUUUCGGCACCUGAUGGACCAAUGCCUCAAACUAAGGAACAUAUUCUGCUUGCUCGGCAGGUGGGUGUGCCAUCACUUGUAUGCUUCCUGAACAAGGUUGAUGCUGUUGAUGAUCCUGAGUUACUAGAACUUGUAGAAAUGGAGCUUCGAGAGCUGCUUAGCUUUUACAAGUUCCCUGGGGAUGAGAUUCCAAUUGUACAAGGAUCAGCAUUGUCCGCUUUGCAGGGUACAAAUGAAGAAAUAGGAAAGAAGGCAAUUUUAAAAUUAAUGGAUGCAGUAGAUGAAUAUAUACCAGAUCCAAUACGCCAACUUGACAAGCCCUUUCUCAUGCCAAUUGAAGAUGUAUUUUCAAUACAGGGACGUGGAACUGUUGUUACCGGCAGAGUUGAGCAAGGAACAAUAAAAACCGGAGAAGAAGUUGAAGUUUUAGGGCUGAUGCAGGGUGGGCCUUUGAAAACUACCGUUACUGGUGUUGAGAUGUUCAAGAAGAUCUUGGAUCAUGGAGAAGCUGGCGACAAUGUUGGCCUUCUACUACGUGGACUAAAGCGUGGAGAUGUGCAACGAGGGCAGGUAGUAUGCAAGCCUGGUACAUUAAAGACAUACACGAAAUUUGAGGCAGAGAUUUAUGUACUGACGAAGGAUGAAGGUGGUCGCCACACUGCUUUCUUCUCAAACUACAGACCCCAGUUCUUCAUGAGAACUGCAGAUGUUACUGGUAAAGUGGAGCUCCCUGAAAGUGUAAAGAUGGUGAUGCCUGGUGACAACGUCACAGCUACAUUUGAAUUGAUCUCACCUGUUCCCCUUGAAGCAGGACAAAGAUUUGCCCUCCGGGAAGGUGGGAGGACAGUUGGUGCAGGAGUUGUAGCUAAGGUAAUUAGCUGAGCUUCCUUCCACUGCUGCAACACAGCUCGGUAUUUGCCCCACAGUUAACACUAUCAUGGGCAACAUGUACGAAUCUCAAAUUUUGGUCGAUGUUUGGAGGAAUCACUUGAGAGAUCAAUCAGUUUGCGUUGGCCUUAAUUCAUCAUCAAUAAUCAUCUAAAUGUGGAGAACAUUUGAUAAGUACAUGAACGCUGCUUUCAGUGAGUUUCUUAUGAUCCAGUAAUUGAAUCGAUGAAAUAUAGUUGGAUUUAUUUUGAUCGAA